GUUUUACCACCCCUUCUCAAGGUCGUGCGUAUGGACAUCAAGGUUAACAUCGAUGGAGUUCUUAGGGAAGUGUGUGGAGUUACAGAGGGCACAACUUGCGAGGAAGUAAUAUUUAAACUUGCCCAAGUUGCUAGCUUGCCUGGUUUCUAUACUUUAGUUGCAAGCAUUAGAGAAGAAGAGGUCACACUGUCGCCUGAUGAGAGGAUUAUAAACUUCAUCAAGGAAACCAAAGAAAAUCCUGCUAAUAUAUGCUUUAUUCUUCGUCGAUUGGAGGCUGUCUCUCCAUUUUCUUCAAAAAAUCCUAAAGACUAUCCCCCUGUUCCUAGUCAUCAGUCAACAAAUCGUUCUCAUCCUCAAAGUGCGCGUAGUGCUUCUCGUAGAUCUAAUGUACAACCGUCGUCCGAAAACCAAGAUUUGUACUCUAGCACUCCAUCAACUUUAACAACCCCAGUUCACCAGUAUGUUGGCUCUACGAAACAACUACGAAAUUACUACAACGAUACUACUCGAGAAGCAAUUAAUUCUCAGCUGACAGCAAAUUCAAUCAAUAGUGAACAAGCCUAUCAUGAUGUUGAUCAAUAUAAUCAACUUAAAGAUCAGUUGGCAUAUCAAGAACAACAGGUUGAACUCAAUCGAAUACGAUUACUACGUUUAGAUAAAGAAAUAAAUCAUUUAGAACAAUCCGCUCGACUAGGCGGAAAAGAUGGUUAUACAUCACCUGAACUAUUAAGUGGAUCUGCUGUUGGUCCAGUUGCAGAACUGGCUCAGUUAGCUGCUACACCUUGGUCACAAUUAUUGGAUACAAAUCGAGCAAGACAACGUGAAUUAUUGUCAGAAUGUGAACGACACAAAAUAGCUAUUGAUCAAGUGGAUAAUCAUCUAGCGAAAACAAAGAUGAAUUUAUCUCAAUUGGAGAAUCAAAUUAGUCAAGAAUUGAAUCAACUACUCAAUGAACUAGAAGGCUAUAAUCAACACAGGCGAGUACUUUUAAAAUCGGCUAACAACAGUUCACAUUCUCGUUCAACAAGGGCAGUAAACAUGUCGGAUACAAGUGAUGGUGUCGCUGUAUGAUGAUGUACAUAUAUGUGUGUGAUGAGUACUUUUUUUUCUCCUGCAGUUUCUGUUUAUAAACAGUAUUAUUACUAUUAUUAUUAUUAAUAUCAUGUAUUAAUUGCGCAAUGAUUUAAAAUGCACUAAUAUCAAUUUUUUUAUUUUAUCAAUAAAUUCUUACUUAAAAU